GGAUCGAAAAGAAUUUCCUGUUUACGUUUCCCAAUAAUUGAACAAUAAAAAAAGACUAAUUAGUCAACAAAACGCUUCAACCAUAUGGCAUAUUAAGUACUAACUCAUAUCCAAAGAUUCAAUUCUCCAUUUGUUAACCAAUAACCACUUAUUACUUUUUAAUAUUCUCAAACAGAAAGCAAGAUAAGAAUAAUGGCAAUUGUGAUUGUAUCUUGCAAGUUUUCAUUUUCCAUUUAUUAUUUUCUCCUUCUUCUCAUUAUUAUUGUAUCUCAAGCUAAAGCCCAGCCAAAUUUUUUGCGCAACUUUUGUAUAAACGAUAAUGGCAACUACACAGCCAAUAGCACAUAUCAAAACAACCUCAACAUCCUUUUGUCCAAUCUUUCUUCGAACACAGAAAUCAACUACGGUUUCUACAAUUUCUCUUAUGGCCAAAACACCAACAAAGUAAAUGCCAUUGGACUCUGCAGAGGAGAUGUUAAACCCGAUGUUUGUCGCAAUUGUCUCAACGAUUCAAGAGUUCUUCUUACACGACUUUGUCCAAAUCAAAAAGAAGCAAUUGGUUGGUAUGACAACUGCAUGUUGCGCUACUCUAACCGAUCAAUAUUUGGCAUUAUGGAACAAUUCCCUUGGUUUGAUUUGUCAAACCCAAAUAUAGUAACAGAGGUAGAUCAAUUUAAUAGAGUUCUUGGGAACUUGAUGAAGAAACUCAAAGAAAAAGCUGCAUCAAGUAAUGACGCUCGGGUUAAGUAUGCUACGGGUAAUGAAUCUGAUGCGAACUUGAAUUUUCAAACCAUAUAUGGUCUUGUGCAGUGUACACCUGAUUUGUCAUUACAAGAAUGCAUGGAUUGUUUAAAUGGUGCUAUCUCAUAUAUUACAAGUUGUUGUAGUAACAAAUUUGGUGGUAGAGUUGUUAAACCAAGUUGUAAUAUUAGAUAUGAAUCCUUUCCCUUCUACGAUCCUCCGACUGUAACUGUAGUGGACACAGUUGAAACCUCUCCACCACAAGUUUUUGCAGAAAAAAGCAAAUCAUCUCAUACUACCAUUGCCAUAGUCGUGCCUACUGUUGUAGUUCUUGUUCUGCUAAAUUUGAUCACUUGUAUAUGCUUAAGGAGAAACCGCCACAGUAUGGCAGGGUCAAAUCUCGAAGAAAUAGAAGAUGAUGAUGAUAUUGAAAUUGCCGAGUCAUUGCAAUUCAACUUUGGCACAAUUGAAGUUGCUACAAAUAACUUUUCUGAAGCUAAUAAACUCGGACAUGGUGGAUUUGGAGUUGUUUAUCAGGGUAAACUCUCGAGUGGACAAGUGAUUGCGGUCAAAAGAUUGUCAAUAGAUUCUGGACAAGGAGAUAUUGAAUUUAAGAAUGAAGUGCUUUUAUUGGCUAAGCUUCAACAUCGAAAUUUAGUCAAACUACUUGGCUUUUGUCUAGAAAGAAAAGAAAGGCUACUUAUCUAUGAAUUUGUUCCUAACAAAAGCCUUGAUUACUUUAUAUUUGAUCCAAUAAAGAAAUCACAAUUAGAUUGGGCAUUGCGCUACAAAAUCAUUGGAGGUAUUGCUAGAGGACUUCUUUACUUGCACGAGGAUUCUCGACUUCGUAUUAUACAUCGUGAUCUUAAAUCAGGUAAUGUUCUCUUGGACGAAGAUAUGAAUGCUAAAAUAUCAGAUUUUGGGAUGGCCAGACUGCUACUUGUUGAUCAAACUCAAGUAAAUACAAAUAAAGUUGUUGGAACAUAUGGAUAUAUGGCUCCCGAAUAUGCAAUGUUUGGACAAUUUUCGGUAAAAUCAGAUGUUUUUAGUUUUGGCGUUCUAGUUUUGGAGAUUAUAAGUGGCCAAAAAAUUAGUCGCAUUCUUCUUGGACAGAGUGAUCAAGAGGAUUUACUUAGCUUUGCAUGGAGAAACUGGAGGGAGGGAACAAUCACGAAUAUAAUAGAUCCAUCAUUAAACAACGGUUCACAAAAUGAAAUAAUGAGAUGCAUUCACAUUGGACUACUUUGUGUUCAGGAAAAUUUGGUUGAAAGACCAACUAUGGCAACCAUUGCACUGAUGCUUAGUAGUUAUUCUUUCACUAUGCCUCUACCUUUGGAGCCUGCAUCUUCCAUCGGCGGAAGAACUACAAGCCUUCCAUAAACGCAAUCAUCUGGGGAAGAUAAAGGAACAACAGGUUCACUUGAAUCCAAAAGUAAAUCAGUAAAUGAGAAUUCAAGUGCUGAGUAUUUCUAGUCAUAUGUGUGGUGUGUUGUGUUCAUUUAGCAUCAUUCGUGUUUCAACCAAAAUAUUUACAACAAUGUCUUAUUAGAACUUGUAAUAUGUUUUGGUUGUGUGAAGUCAUGUUUAAAAUUAAAUAGACAUUGCGAAAGGUUUUCUUGAUUUUUAUUUAGACCAAUUAGUGGCAACUUAUUUAAGUCAUUUGCUAUUAGAAUUACUCUGAUAUCGUCCACAAAUCCUAGCUCAACUGGCAGAAAUGCCGAAAUUGCUAUUGUCGGACGCCGUGAUCGGGGUUCGAUCCCCAGAAACUAACACACUUUGUGUGUGUUAGUUUCCAAUGGCUUGCCAUUUCGUCUAUGUACCAAAAAAGAAUUACUCUAAUAUCAUCUUAUUAUUUGAGUUGACUGAUCAUAAACUUUUAUUACUACUACUACACUGCUACUACUCUUUCGGAGCAAAUUUUGAUGUUGAUUUCUUCAAAUUUCUUAUUUUUCAUUGACAAAAGAUGAUAGUGUUAGACUUCAACGUUAGUGUGGUAUAUGAACCAAUUUACAAGGCAACGCGUUACCCCACCAUGAAGGAAAAAGAAGUGUUAGAAUUAACCACUUAUUACUUAUUAUUCUGAGAAACAAAGCAAUAUCAGAAUGGCAAUUGUUUCUUGCAAGUCAAGUCAACCUACACAGGUUGGAAUCAAGCAAUAAUGAUGGUUCAUGAAGGGGAGGCAGUAGCUCUUUUGGAAGUAGCUAUUUUUUCAUAGUGAUUUAUAAAUUCUUACAAUUCACACACAAUGUUAAUGCUAGAAGUGUUGGUUUGUCAGAGUUCAAAAAUGUUGGUUAAGUUUGUUAGGGGACAAGUGAAUAUGUAGCUCAUUCCAUUUCUUAACGAAGGCAGCCAUUUCAUGUGUUAA